ACAUCAGGGGCCUUCCACAAGUGGAACUAGGAACCUUCCGCAGGUUUGUGCACUCGCCUGCACUUGUGUCCGGACUGAAUCUGGCGGACACUGGCUCCCACUGUGCGAUAACUGCUUGCUGGUGACUUGAAUCACGAAGAGGAGACAAAGGGAGUGUAUGUCUGUGGGAUAGGGAGCGAUCCCUCCAUCCUUCCUGGUGGGAGGUUUGCGAUGCACUGCGCAGACCCGUCAUCCGCUACCGACGCAUCUUCCUGGCCCCCUCCCCUCUCUCUCCCUCGCUCUCUCUCUCUCUCAGUCUCUCUUUCCUCCUCUUGCUGCCUGCCACUAGCUUACCUUACCUGAAGGGAAGUGCACAAAAAGGAAGGCUAAUCAAGAGAACAGGGGCACGUCGGGCCGCGGGGCCUUGUGGUGUGGGGCGGCUGCUAUGCUGCGGUAAAAACAAAAAACACGAAAAAGGCCUCGGUGCCGUCUGCGGUGUUUCCAGGGGAUGUAGAGAGAGGGACGGCUCGGAGGGACACACCGACGGACCGCCGCGCCGUGUCUUGCUCUGCUCUGCCCAGCCCGCUGCACCGCUGAGCGGCCUGCGAGCCACACAAGAUGUCGACCAGAACGCCAUUGCCCACGGUGAACGAGCGCGACACCGAGAAUCACUCAUCGGUGGACGGCUUUGUUGAACCCCCAGCGCCCCCCACAAAGUCUGCGAGUCGCCAUAGUCUGCCGCGAUGUCGCAACUCUUUCACCUCCACGGAGGAGCAUCCCCAUAUAGGCAAUUACCGCCUCCUCAAGACCAUCGGGAAGGGCAACUUCGCCAAGGUGAAGCUUGCACGACACGUCCUGACUGGACGAGAGGUGGCCGUGAAGAUUAUAGAUAAAACCCAGCUGAAUCCCACUAGUCUACAGAAGCUCUUCAGGGAAGUCCGAAUAAUGAAGAUACUGAAUCAUCCAAAUAUAGUGAAAUUGUUUGAAGUGAUUGAGACAGAGAAGACACUUUAUUUGGUGAUGGAGUAUGCCAGCGGUGGAGAGGUAUUUGAUUAUCUAGUGGCUCAUGGCAGAAUGAAGGAGAAGGAGGCCAGGGCCAAGUUCAGACAGAUUGUGUCUGCAGUGCAGUAUUGUCACCAGAGGAGGAUAGUACACAGGGAUCUUAAGGCAGAGAACCUGUUGUUAGAUGCAGACAUGAACAUCAAGAUCGCCGACUUCGGCUUUAGCAACGAGUUCACUGUGGGCAGUAAGCUGGACACUUUCUGUGGCUCCCCGCCGUACGCUGCUCCAGAACUCUUCCAGGGCAAGAAGUACGAUGGACCAGAGGUGGAUGUCUGGAGCUUGGGGGUCAUCCUCUACACGCUGGUCAGCGGAUCGCUGCCCUUUGACGGCCAGAACCUAAAGGAGCUGAGGGAGAGGGUCCUCCGGGGAAAGUACCGCAUUCCUUUCUACAUGUCCACAGACUGUGAAAACUUGCUGAAGAAGCUGCUCGUGCUCAACCCUGUCAAACGAGGCAGUCUGGAGCAAAUCAUGAAAGACCAUUGGAUGAAUGUGGGUCACGAGGAGGAGGAGCUAAAACCUCACAUCGAGCCCGAGGCAGACUUCAGUGAUUCAUCCAGAAUAGAGCUCAUGGUGACGAUGGGUUUCCCGAAUGAUGAGAUCACAGAGUCUCUAAAAAGCCAGAAGUACGAUGAGGUCAUGGCCACCUACCUGCUGCUGGGCAGAAAAGCUCCAGAGUUUGAGGGGAGCGAGCCUCUGACCAACAGCAUCCUGGGCCAGCGGCAGCGACCGACCAGUGACAUUAACAACGGUUCCAGCGUUUCUCCCGCCCAUCCUAAGGUCACGCGCAGCAUCUCGGCCAAUCAGAAGCAGCGCCGCUACAGUGAUCAUGGUGGGGAUGAUGAUGAUGGUGGUGGUGGUGGUGUCGUAGAGAAGCCAAUUGGUCCUUCGGUUCCUCCAGCCGUAUCGUAUACUAAGCGUGGCCAGGCCUUGAGUGUGGAAAGUGACCACAGGGAGGAAUGGGACGGAGCACGCCGGCUGGAGCUCAACACCUCCAAAGGAGACGUCCCUGCUUCACCACUGGGGGUGCAGGAGAGGAAGAAAACUACAAGUGCUGUCGGGACCAAUGGAUCGAUGACUCGCAGGAACACAUACGUGUGUGAACGUACCUCCACUGACCGAUACUCAGCGAUUCCUAACGGCAAAGACAGCAGUUUAACCGAGGUGUCAGGUAGCACCCCAUCGACUGCAAUGAGCUCCACACGACCUCGUCACACUAAGUCCAUGUCAUCGUCAGGGCAUCCUUCAAAGAGCACACUGCCCCCCAUCGACGACAACACGGAGCUAAAAGCCAGCUCCUCUCCGCGGGGUCCCUCCACCUCUCCGUCUGCACACAGUAUUAGCACACCCGAGAAGAACCGCUUCCCCCGUGGCACCACCAGUCGCAGCACGUUCCAUGGAGCCCAGCUGAGAGACCGACGCAGCGCCACCUACAAUGGCCCCCCGGCCUCACCCACGCUGUCCCACGAUACGGGGGCUCUCGCUCAGCAACGCAGGGGCACCUCCACUGGAAUCAUCAGCAAGAUCACCUCCAAGUUUGUGCGCAGAGCUCUGUCUUUCAGGUCAAGCCGGAGGGUGCCCAGUGAGGGAGAGGCCAGUGCCAGGACAGAAACACCGAGGAGUGUGUCCGGUGAGACUAAAGAGGACGGCAGUCGGGACUCCAAGCCUCGUUCGCUACGUUUCACCUGGAGCAUGAAGACCACCUCCUCCAUGGAGCCCGCCGAGAUGAUGAGGGAGAUCCGGAAGGUUCUGGACGCCAACAGCUGCGACUACGAGCAGCGCGAACGCUUCCUGCUCUUCUGCGUCCACGGCGACGCCCGCCAGGACAACCUGGUCCAGUGGGAGAUGGAGGUGUGCAAGCUGCCGCGCCUUUCGCUCAACGGCGUGCGCUUCAAGAGGAUAUCGGGCACGUCCAUCGCCUUUAAGAACAUCGCCUGCAAAAUUGCCAACGAGCUCAAACUGUGACGACAGAUGGAGUCCCAGUCAGUCUUCGGUGAGCUCUGAUCGCGGUCUCAUCUCAUCACUGGAUGUUGACUCACAGGACAAAAUUCAGCACUGUAGGUCCUCGCCGUGCAGAAUCAGGGUGGACUCGGCUGGUAACGUGCAAUACUGGCCACGAAUGUACUGUACAGGGUAGUGGAUCAGAGAGAUCGCGCAAGAAUUAACCUCUUUGACGGAGAGAUAGCAAAAACAGCUAACCCCCCUCUCUUUUAUUUUUCUUCCGUCCGACUCUCUCUCUGUCUCUCAUCAGCCCACUGCUCCUCGUCAUAGGACACAUUCAUGUAACAUGCAGUAUGCAACUGAAGAUGACCAUCCUGCAAUAAUGUUUUCAAUCUCUUUUUCUAAUCGCCUACUACAAGAUCUACUGUCCUCGCUGAAAAACCAUUAAAAUUACUGAAAGCUAAAAUAGCCGCUUCGACACCUGUGUUAAGUCAGUAUAUAGAUCAGGCUGGAGCCCAUACUAAAACUAUGUAAAAAGAGAAUUGUACUGUAUGCAUAACAUCUGCAGGUACUGUAUUGUAUAUUGAUUUUGCGUUCUGUACAGAAUUUUAUUGUCAAUACUGUCUUUUUUCAUUGAAUUUUAAGUUCUUUCCUAAUAUAAUUGAUGUCUCUUAGAGCAUUAUCCUUUCAGCCUGUGAGUUUUUUUAAUUCCUUUUUUGUAAGAGCCACCAUAUGACAAGUGUUUUUAAUUUUAUUUAAAGAGCACUAAAUUAUUUUGUGGAAUAUUAAGGGACGUGUUCCCUUGCCUUUUAUGUUCUAUUUUAUUUGCCUACAGAGAAAAAAAAAAAACACUACGUUGCACCACAUAGACUUGAGUAGUAAGUUCAGUUCAAACUGAGAAAUGUGUUCACUUUAUUUUCUCUCAGCAGCAGGUCGGCGAUUCGGAGGUGCCUGCUGCUAUUGCACAAGUUUUCCAGGGUGACGUGAACAUGAGAGUAUGCACCUGUGUUUCUUUCAUGUUAGUUUGGUAGUUCUCAAUUACAAACAAAAUGCAGGGUGUAAAUCGGUUUACUUUAGAAAACAAAAAGGACGGGACACCUUUUUUCCGAAGGAGUGAAGAUGCAUGAAAAGUCAAACAAUCAUCCUGAAAGAAGCAGAAUUUUCUAAAGAGUCCGAUUUAAUCCUGCCACCAGUGUGAUUGUGCAGGUACUUGUGUAUCUCCUCGCUUGUGGUUUUCUUUUUUUUUUUUGUUUUCUUUUUUUUAAUUCAGCGGAAUUUAUUGUAUUUAUUCCAUUACAUUGUAAUGUGCUGCUUUGUAGAAUUGAGGCGUGCACUUUGUUGGAGAAAAUAAAAAAGAUUUUAUUUGUUUGUA